GAAUGCAGGCGUAGUGACGAGCUGCUCCAAGCUGUGCAGCCACCUGCCUGGCAAGGCAGAGCAGACGGCCUGCAACCUCGCCUGCGACUUGGCUGGGAUCAAGGAAUUCGUGCACAUCCUCAACCACACGGACUUGGAUCCGAUCUACCUGUGCGAGUUGCUCAUGAUGUGCCAUGCUGGCCCUGACGAUGCAGCGGCCAACAUUCUUGAUGCCAAGGCUUCGCCCGCUGCGAUCUCCAAGGGCGACACCGUGCAGUUGCUGGCAGACAUUAACGUGACCAAGGCGCAGCUUGGACUGAUUUUGGCAUGCGUUCAAAGUUUCAUGGUGCGUCCUGCCUUCACUGAAGACGGAAA